AUGGGUCUCGCGCUUUCCAUUCCUUCUGUUAUAGGAAGCUCCCUAACAAGCGUCGUUGGUAUUGGCAGUAGUUUUGUCUUCGCUUCGCUGCUAAGUCUAACAAAUUAUAUUCAAAGCACUGUUGGUGCCAUUAUUAGCUAUGCAGUUUUGUAUUUGCUGAAUUCACUGCUGUCUUGGUGCAUGCUGAGUUCCUGGUUUAAUAACAAACUUUCAAAACUAUCCGCUGGGUAUUUGCAAUUUGGUUGUCAAGACGAUGGAAAAUGCUACAGUGUAAUUGCAGUUCAUCGUUUAUCUUUUGCUCUUGUCAUGUUUCAUUGCCUGUUUGCCUUAAUUUUAAGUCUUUCCAAUUCUCGGUCUGCAGUUUCCGCCAAAAUCCAACACAGUUUGUGGCCUUUUAAAAUUGUUUUGUGGAUUCUCCUUAUCGUAGCUUCGUUUUUCAUCCCAACUUCAUUCAUGACCUUCUGGGGUAACGUUUUAUCCGUAAUUGGGUCUGCUUUUUUUAUCGUAUAUGGCUUACUGCUUCUCGUCGAUUUUGCACACACAUGGGCUGAAAAAUGCGUUGAACGAGUAUUGGUCACGGAUUCUACCACCUCAAAAUUCUCCUUGGUUGGUUCUACUGUAGGCAUGUAUCUAAUUGCUUUGCUGCUCACAAUUCUUGCUUAUGUUUAUUUCUGCGCUUCUUCAUGCUCCUUCAAUCAAGCUAUUAAUACCAUUAACCUUUUAUUAUGUAUUGCUGUUAGCUGUCUUUCGGUGCAUCCUACUGUUCAAGAAUAUAAUCCUCGAUCUGGUCUUGCACAGGCCUCCAUGGUUACAUGCUAUACCAGCUACCUUAUUCUUUCCGCAUUAGCAAAUAGACCAGACGAGGGAAAAUGUAAUCCAUGGAGUGAAUCCGCUACCGGAACUCAAGAGUUUAGCAAAAUAAUUGGGGCUGCUUUUACCUUUUUGACCAUCGUAUAUAGUGCUUUGAGGGCAGUUUCCGGAUCGGACAAAGAUGAAGAUUACGAUUUUUUUUACGGCGAUUCUAAUAACUUGUCGCGUGAGAGAACCUUAGAAACCGAUUUCGAUGACGACAACGGCGUGUCAAACUCGAAGAAUGACUAUAACUAUAUAUGGUUCCAUGUUAUUUUCAUCCUGGCAGCUUGUUACACUGGUUCCCUUCUCACCAAUUGGAACACAAUGAGUGUAUAUGAGGACAAAAAGAAUGAUGUUUUUGUACGUAUCGGAUUCUCCUAUGCCGCCGUCUGGGUUAAAAUUAUAACUUCAUGGAUUUGUCAUUUACUGUACGCCUGGACUUGUUUGGCUCCUAUUUUCUUUCCGUAUCGUUUUAUCAACUGA